CCGCCCGCCAUGUUCCCCUCAAUACCGCUCUUCGCGGCCGUCAGCACGCCGUUCAAGCGGUCCCAGCUGGGCCUCUUCCAGGGGAAGAUGAAGCAGUACGGAAACAGCGUACCGAACUCGAAGCACAAGACGCGCCGGUCAUGGCUCCCGAACGUCCACAACCAACGCCUCUUUUCCGACACCCUCGGGCGGUUCAUCAAGAUCAAGGUCGCUGCACGGGCCUUGAAGACGAUCAAGAAGCAUGGAAACAUCGACAAGUACUUGCUGGCCACGAAGCCGGACCUGCUUGGGUGGGAGGGCAUGCGGUUGCGAGUGCUGAUCAGGGAGAGGCAAGGGGUCCCAGCUGAGCCGAUCAGCGCUGCACCAUAAUAUGGCCCAUCGUCUCAUCAGAUUACGUCGCACACGAGUGUGCUAUAGCACCAACCAUCGCCUAUAUUUGUGAUCCGCGACUUCAGCUUUCUGUAUGCUACACCCACCGGCCGUUACCACUCCGGUGCAGCCCAUAAUCUCCAGCACACUCCGUAAAGGUGUCCUCAGGCC